AACCCACACCACCAGAGCCUUUUGAAAUGUUAAGUGUGCUGUGCUUAUCUGUGUUCUCUCUCAGAAUUUAACAUUCCUUCUUCUCUCCUUCUGAUAUUUUGGCUUUUUCUUAGAAUCUUCCUUUUUUAUUUUCACCAAAAAAAGAAAAAUCAAAAAAAUAUUAAUCAUUUACCGGUAUCAGUUACACCUACACUUUGCGCCGCUGAGCAAAUCAAUAAGGAUAAUAAGAAGAAGCUCGUUUGCUUCCAUUUUCAAAUAUUCGUUGCCUAGAGCAAAAAAUCAAAAAACAAAAAGAUUGAGACUUGAUCUUAGCAAAAUGGGUAAUUGUUUGGAUUCAUCAGCUAAAGUGGAUAGUAGCAGCCGCCAUGCUAACUCUGGUUCAUCGGGUUCAAGACCUUCUAGCAAGACAAGCCGUUCCACAGUUCCCUCAAGCCUAAGCAUCAAUUCAUACACUAGCGUAGAGUCUUUGCCUACUACACCAAGAACCGAAGGAGAGAUACUGUCAUCACCCAAUCUCAAAGCUUUCACCUUUCACGAGCUCAAGAGCGCUACUAGGAACUUCCGACCUGAUAGUCUUCUAGGCGAAGGAGGUUUUGGUUAUGUCUUCAAAGGCUGGCUUGAUCGUACAACCCUUACCGCUUCCAAGCCUGGUUCUGGUAUCGUUGUCGCUGUUAAGAAGCUUAAAACUGAAGGUUUUCAAGGUCACAAGGAGUGGUUGACUGAAGUGAACUAUCUUGGUCAGCUUAGUCAUCCAAAUCUCGUCAAGCUAGUUGGUUAUUGUGUAGAAGGUGAAGACCGGUUGUUAGUCUAUGAGUUCAUGCCAAAAGGAAGCUUGGAGAAUCAUCUUUUUCGACGUGGUGCGCAGCCACUAACAUGGGCUAUAAGGAUGAAAGUUGCAAUAGGAGCAGCCAAGGGUCUUACUUUUCUUCACGACGCUAAAUCACAAGUGAUAUAUAGAGACUUUAAAGCUGCAAACAUUCUACUCGACGCUGAGUUCAAUGCUAAGCUUUCAGACUUCGGUCUAGCUAAAGCAGGUCCUACUGGUGAUAGGACUCAUGUGUCCACACAAGUGGUUGGUACUCACGGUUACGCAGCCCCUGAAUAUGUAGCCACAGGACGGUUAACUGCUAAGAGUGAUGUCUACAGUUUUGGUGUGGUGCUACUGGAACUACUCUCAGGACGAAGGGCAGUGGACAAAUCUAAAGUGGGAGUGGAGCAGAGUCUAGUGGAUUGGGCUACACCGUAUCUUGGCGACAGGAGAAAGCUCUUCCGGGUAAUGGACACGAGGUUAGGAGGUCAGUAUCCUCAGAAAGGAGCAUAUACAGCUGCUAGUCUUGCAUUGCAAUGCUUAAACCCUGACGCAAAACUCAGACCCAAAAUGUCAGAAGUUUUGGCCAAGUUGGAUCAGCUUGAAUCAACAACUACUAAACCUGGAACUGGAACUGGAACUGGUACAAGACAAGGUCUGGUUGAUUCUCCGAGAGGUAGUAACGGAACUGGAACAAGGCAAGGUAAGAUUGAUUCUCCGAGAGGUAGUAAUGGAACUGGAACCAGACAAGGUCUUGUUGAUUCUCCAAGAGGUAGUAGCGGAUCUGUUGUACAGAAAUCUCCGAGGAGGUAUAGUUAUGAUCGGCCUCUCUUGCACAUAACACCUGUUGCUUCUCCUUUGCCUUCUCACAAUCAAUCUCCUCGUGUAAGAUAGUAUCACUGUAGUAUGGUUGCACUAAUGUUCACGCUACAAUGGAUUUGGUGGUGUUCUUUUUUUUUGUCAUAAGCAUUUUGAAAUAGUUUUCUGUUGUAAAGUAUAUGCUGCUCAGUGUGUAAAUUAAUGUAUCUGUUCACAUUAUUGAUGUUUUUCUCUUUAGGUGAGCACUAUGUGAUCUGUGUUCAGGUUUUGGUUUUGAACUUUUUAUCUUUUGAGUUAUGAUUACAAGACUUUGGUUCA